GAGUUCCCUGCUUGCUCUCUCUCUCUCUCUCUCUCUCUAGUCUCUAGCUAGCUAGCCUCCUGAGCACUCUAUUCUACAAUGGAGUCGGCGAGCAUACUUCGAUAUCUGGAGGGGAAGACCAUCUUAGUUACCGGAGGUACCGGCUUCCUGGGAAUGGUGUUUCUGGAGAAAAUACUGAGAGUUCAACCAGAUGUGCAAAAGAUCUACCUCCUUCUAAGAGCCUCGGACACCAAAUCAGCGACAAAGCGCAUGAACAAUGAGAUCAUAGGAAAGGAAUUGUUCAGAGUUUUGAAGGAGAAACGAGGGGCAGAUUUUGAUUCCUUCAUUUCGGAAAAAGUUGUUGCUCUACCGGGAGACGUCACUUCUGAAAACCUCGGAGUUAAAGACUUGAAGGUGUACAAUGAAAUACAAAUCAUAUUCAACUGUGCAGCCACCACAAACUUCGACGAAAGGUAUGAUAUCGCACUGGACGUCAACACAUUUGGGGUGCUGUAUGCAAUAGACUUUGCUAAGAAAUGCUCAAAACUAGAGAUGUUUCUCCACGUAUCAACUGCUUAUGUAUGUGGAGAGAGGGGUGGACUCUUACUGGAAGACUCAUCUUCCAUGGAUGAAAUGAUUAAGCAGAUGACCAAAUUUGAUUUUGAAGCAGUGGAAAAGAAACUUGUCAAGGAGAAACUGAAUGAACUAAAAGCACAAGGUGUUUCACAAGAAGUUAUUACAAAUACAAUGAAGGAUUUCGGCAUUGAAAGGGCUAAAGUAUAUGGAUGGCCAAACACGUAUGUAUUUACAAAAGCGAUGGGAGAAAUAUAUAUUGGACGCUUAAAACACAAUCUACCUCAUGUCAUUGUUCGUCCAACAGUCGUUACUAGCACUUACAAGGAACCAUUUCCUGGUUGGAUUCAAGGAUUCAGAACCAUUGAUAGCGUAAUUGCUAGCUAUUAUAAAGGGAAGCUGCCAUGUCUACUCGUCGACCCAAUGUUAGUUUUUGAUAUGAUUCCGGUGGACAUGCUGGUGAAUUCGAUAAUCGUAGCAAUGGCAGUGAAUGCAAAUAAAUCUUCUAGCAUCAUAUAUCAUGUAGGAACCUCACUGAGAAAUCCUAUAAAAUUCUGUGAUAUUCAUGAUAUCGUCUUCAAAUACUGCACCGAGAAUCCAUGGAUUAACAAGGAUGGCACCAUUGUUAAGGCUGGCAAGUUUACAAUGUUCAAGACUAUGGCUAGCUUUCACAUGUACAUGCAAAUUCGAUACAUGCUACCUUUGCAGGGAUUAAGGUUGGUGAAUAUAGCAUUUGGCCAAUAUUUUCAAGACUUGUAUGUCAACUAUGAUCGUAAACUCAGAUUGGUGAUGCGCUUGGUAGAGCUAUACAAACCCUACAUGUUAUUCAAGGGCAUCUUUGACGACACCAAUUCAGAAGAGUUACAAAGGAUAGCAAUAGAGACUUAUACAGACGCAGAAAUGUUCAAGUCUGAUCCGAAAUGCAUUAACUGGGAAGACUACAUUUCCAACACUCAUGUUCCUGGCCUUCGAAAACAUGUUAUGCUCAAAAAAUAAUCAAAUUAUUACGUAACUCGUAAUUUUGUCUAAACAUUUAAUUUGUAUUGUUCUCUACUCUACAAUUUAUGUGCGGAAGUCCAUGAGUAAUUGUAAUUGUAUAAUUGCAUGGUCAUAUGAAUUUGGCUUCUUCAGGACAAGAGAUUUGGACAGUAUUUGUGUUCUAAUAAUUAAUAAUCUAGCUCAUCUGAGCUUUGCAUCAAGAUCUUUGCCUUU